AUGGCACUAGUCACUGCUGCAGCGCUGGCCGGCAGCAUGGCCUCCAGCAUGUACGUAGAUGCCAAAUACCACAUCUCCAAGGACUUCAAGGCCAUCAGAGGUCGACGAACGAUGACGAAAUUUGUUGAAAACUCGAUCAAGAACAGCCGUGUUUCUCCCUAUUACUUCUUCGAAGAAGCGGUCCAGAAGCAUCCGUACGAUGAAGCCAUCUGGACACGAAGCGGCAGCGUGUCGUGGAAGUUGGCCUACGACCGAGUGAACCAGUAUGCACAGAUGUUCUUGUCGCAAGGGGUCAGGCCUGGGGACUUUGUUGCGUUUCUCAUGCAAAACUCGCCCGACUUUGCGUUCGCCUGGGUUGGACUGCUUGCCAUUGGCGCGGCGCCCGCCAUGAUUAACUACAACCUCGUGGGUAAAGCCCUUCUCGGCUGCAUUGAAAUCAGCACCGCCAAGCUCGUAGUCGUGGACGGAAGCCCCGAGAUUGCCGCCAAGUACAACGACGUUCAGACCGAGUUGGACCUCAAAGGCGUCAAAGUCGUCAACAUUGGGGAGGAGAGGGAAAGAAUAUACCAGAUGGACCCCAUUCGACCGAGAGACGAGCUCAGGAAGAAAUUGACGCCAGCUGAUGCAAUGGCCAUGUUCUACACAAGUGGGACUACCGGCCUACCAAAGGCCGUCAUCAUGCCUGCCGCUGCGGCGGGUGGCCUUGCGUUGUCGAAUGACCUUGGUUUGCAUCCGACAAACGGCAGGAACGAGAGAUGCUACAUUUGCAUGCCGUACUAUCACGGGACUGGCGGUAUUACCAUGAUAUCCCAGAUUUUGUCCGGUUCCACAGUCUGCAUGGCGCCCAAGUUUAGUGUCUCGAACUUCUGGCAAGAUGUCCGUGACUCCCACGCGACUUGGUUCGUCUACGUUGGAGAGACUCUUCGAUACCUCUUGGCCUCGCCGCCCUCGCCGCGCGACAAAGACCACAAUAUCCAUGCCGUCUUUGGCAACGGCUGCCGACCCGAUGUAUGGAAACGCUUCCAAGAGAGGUUCGGCAUCGACACGGUCUGCGAGUUCUACAACAGCACCGAGGGCGCAUUAGGGCUUCGCAACCUCUCUCGGGGAGACUUCUUCGCGAAUGCUCUUGGUCACCACGGGCUUCUGCUCCGACUCAAGUACAGAAACAUGGUGGUACCUGUAGAGAUUGAUGCGGAGACCGGUAACAUCAAGCGAGAUCCAAAGACUGGGCUCGCCUUGCGCGCAUCAUAUGAGGUCGGUGGAGAGAUCCUGGUUGAGCAUCCAGGAGAACGAGCGUUCCCGGGCUACUUCAACAACGAGGACGCCACCAACAAGAAGUUCGUCCGCGAUAUCCUGAAGAAGGGAGAUUGCUUCUACCGGACCGGAGACUCAUUACGGCGCGAUACUGAAGGCAGAUGGUUCUUCCUUGACCGUCUAGGUGACACGUAUCGCUGGAAAGGAGAGAACGUCUCGACUGCGGAAGUCUCAGAGGUCCUUGGCAGCUAUCCGGGCGUCAAUGAGGCAGUCGUCUACGGCGUCCAGCUUUCCGGCCAUGAUGGCAAGGCUGGCGCGGCAGCCCUCGACAUCGCUGCGGACCAGAAGGGGUCUUUCAACUAUACCGACUUCCUCAGUUUCGCCCGAUCAAAGCUGCCAAGAUACGCCGUGCCAGUCUUCAUCCGACUCUUGAAUGAGGGAACGGCGACGCACAAUAACAAACAGAACAAGGUACCGCUGAAGAAUGAGGGCGUUGAUCCAAGCAAGAUCCAAGGUGGUGAUCAACUGUUGUGGAUCGAGAAACACGGGAAAGGCAACACAUAUGUGCCAUUCACUCAGGAUGACUGGAACAACCUCGGUAUGGGGAAGGCUAAGCUGUAA